CCUGGUGCGCCAGGCGGGCGGCGGGCAGGGCUGCUUUUCCUGCGUCCGGCGGCGGCAGUAGGCGCUGGAGCAGCUCGUGCAUAAAGCGCAAGCGGGGCGCCCCGGGCUUCAGGGUGUGCAUCCUCCCUCCCGCACCACCCAGGAGGGGCUCGCAAGCGGGGAAGGAGCUGCCGCUCUCCGUUUGCCUCUGGAUCCAGAAGGACCCCUCUUUUCCCCUCCUUUCUUCUCGCCCUCCCCGCUCAUUCCUGCCUCUUUCCCUCCAUGCAUCAUUCCUGGGAGCCUCCGAUGGUCGUUGCCAUUACCUUGCCUCGCAUCUAGUGCACCGGGGGCGGUGGGUUGCCGAUUGCCCCCUCCUCCUUUUUCCUGCAUGCAACCUCCCUUUCUUGCCAAGGAGGGCUGAACCCCCUCCUCUCUCCCCUCCCCAGCCUUUGCCGCUGCUGGGCUCUCUCAUCUCCUGGGCUGGGAGGGAGGGAGGAGGAGGGAGAGGGGCUUUUCCUUGCGACCCCCCCCCGCUCUUCCUUCGGUGGAUGUGGAAAGAAUUGAAGACCCCUGGAAAGACAGGGUGAAGAAGGAGACCCAAGAAGAAAAGAAAGCGGUUAUAGCUGCGAGUCUUCUGUGGACUGUCUAGAGCGCUGAUCUUAUUUUUUAAUAUAUUUUUGCACAAGCAUGCUGGCCCACAGGCUAGAAGUGAUGAUGGGGCCCUUGCUGCUUUUGCUAGGAUUUUUGCACAUACUCGUAGGUUUCGCCCCUAUUUUUGCCCUUGAAGUAGAAGACUCCUUCAAAGCAAAACCUCCCAAUUCCCCGCGUGCGGAGUGGGUGCUGCAGCCUAGACCUACACCACCCAAAGGGAGAGACCUGAACGCUUGGAACCGACUCAAGGACCAGUCUUUUGCAUUAUCUGAGGAGGUUGAUGUCUAUGUUGCACCACUUCCAAAGAUUGGGGAACAAGCCCUGGAGAGCUCUACCUCACAAAUAUUAUCACCGAAGACGUGUAGCCCCACAAAGUUUGCAUGUAAAGAUCAGAUCACUUGCAUAUCCAUGGGCUGGAGAUGUGAUGGAGAGAAGGAUUGUCCAGAUGGUUCUGAUGAAUCGCCAGAUAUAUGUCCACAGAGCAAAGUGUCCCGAUGCCAUCCUAAUGAACACAGCUGCCUGGGCACUGACCUUUGCAUCCACAUGUCCAAGCUAUGCAAUGGCAAACGCGACUGUGUGGAUGGUUCAGAUGAAGGGCCCCACUGCCAAGAGUUCUACAAAAACUGCACAGAGAUGGGAUGCAAGCACCAUUGUGCCCGGACUCUGAAUGGCCCAGAGUGCUAUUGCAACAGUACCUUCCAGCUGGCAGAAGAUGGGAAAAGCUGCAAAGAUAUUGAUGAGUGCACUAAUUACGGCACUUGUAGCCAAACCUGCACCAACCACCAUGGUUCCUAUGUUUGCAGCUGUGUUGAAGGAUAUCUGCUCCAGCCUGAUCACAAGUCCUGCAAAGCUAAGAAUGAACCAGUAGAUCGACCUCCAAUCCUACUCAUUGCCAACUCUCAGAACAUUAUGGCUACUUUCCUGAAUGGUGGGUCUGUCCCUAACAUCACUCCCACCAGCACCAAGCAGACCACAGCCAUGGAUUUCAACUACAGAGAAGACACAGUCUGCUGGGUCCAUGUUGGUGACAGCUCUUCCCAAACUAUCCUGAAAUGUGCCAAGAUCCCCAAUCUCAAGGGAUUUGUUGAGGAGUGGACCAUCAACAUCUCUCUCAGCUUGCACCAUGUGGAGCAGAUGGCUAUUGACUGGCUUACAGGCAACUUCUACUUUGUGGAUGAUAUUGAUGACCGGAUAUUUGUCUGCAACAAGAAUGGGGUCACCUGUGUUACGCUGCUUGACCUGGAACUGUACAAUCCCAAAGGCAUUGCACUGGACCCAACCAUGGGGAAGGUUUUCUUCACCGACUAUGGACAGAUACCGAAGGUGGAGCGCUGUGACAUGGAUGGGCAGAACCGCACAAAACUGGUUGACGCCAAGAUUGUCUUCCCCCAUGGUAUCACCUUGGACUUGGUCAACCGGCUGGUUUAUUGGGCAGAUGCCUAUCUUGACUACAUCGAAGUGGUGGAUUAUGAAGGAAAGAACCGGCACACUAUCAUUCAGGGCAUCCUGAUAGAGCAUCUCUAUGGCCUGACCGUCUUUGAAAACUACCUGUAUGCCACCAACUCAGACAACGCCAAUGCUCAGCAGAAAACCAGCGUCAUCCGUGUUAAUCGAUUCAACAGUAGUGACUUCCAAGUGGUGACCCGGGUGGAUAAGGGCGGAGCUCUUCAUGUCUACCACCAGCGACGUCAGCCCACAGUGAGGAGUCAUGCCUGUGAACAGGACCAGUUUGGCAAACCAGGUGGCUGCUCUGACAUCUGCCUCCUUGGAAACAGCCACAAGACCCGGACAUGCCGGUGCCGGUCAGGAUUCAGCCUAGGCAGCGAUGGAAAGUCUUGCAAAAAGCCAGAGCACGAGCUGUUCCUUGUUUAUGGCAAAGGUCGACCAGGCAUCAUCCGUGGGAUGGACAUGGGGGCCAAAGUUCCUGAUGAGCACAUGAUCCCCAUUGAAAACUUGAUGAACCCCAGGGCCCUGGAUUUCCAUGCAGAGACUGGCUUCAUUUACUUUGCUGACACCACCAGCUACCUGAUUGGGCGACAGAAGAUUGAUGGAACAGACAGGGAAACAAUCCUGAAAGAUGGCAUUCACAAUGUGGAAGGCAUCGCUGUGGACUGGAUGGGGAACAACCUCUACUGGAGUGAUGAUGGGCCCAAGAAGACAAUCAGUGUUGCCCGGCUAUCAAAGGCUGCACAGACCAGGAAGACUCUGAUUGAAGGACAGAUGACUCAUCCUCGAGCCAUUGUGGUGGACCCCUUGAAUGGCUGGAUGUACUGGACUGACUGGGAGGAAGACCCAAAAGAUAGCAAGAGGGGAAAGAUAGAAAAGGCUUGGAUGGAUGGCACCCACCGCACCGUCUUCAUCACCUCCAAAACUGUCCUGUGGCCCAAUGGACUGAGCCUUGAUAUUCCGGCUAAGGUGCUGUACUGGGUGGAUGCCUUUUAUGACCGGAUUGAGAUGGUUACGCUGGAUGGCACAGAACGCAAGGUUGUGUAUGAUGGUAAUGAACUGAACCAUGCCUUUGGGCUGUGCCACUAUGACAACUUCCUUUUCUGGACAGAGUACCGGAGCGGUAUCAUCUAUCGCUUGGACCAGACGUCCAUGGCCGUUAAGCUUUUGCGCAAUGAGCGUCCGCCAAUCUUUGAGAUCCGCAUGUAUGAUGCUCAGCAGCAGCAAGUUGGCUCCAACAGCUGCCGGGUAAACAAUGGAGGCUGCAGCAGCCUUUGCCUCGCCAUCCCCAAAGACAGGCGGUGUGCCUGUGCAGAGGACCAGAUUUUGGCACCAGAUAACGUCACCUGCCAAGCCAACCCAUCCUACAUCCCACCUCCUCAGUGCCAGCACGGGGAGUUUGCGUGCAAGAACAGCCGCUGUAUACAGGAGCGCUGGAAAUGUGAUGGUGACAAUGACUGCCUGGACAACAGCGAUGAGGCACCUGAGCUCUGCCAUCAGCACACCUGCCCCUCGGACCGUUUCAAGUGUGAGAACAACCGCUGCAUCCCGAACCGCUGGCUGUGUGAUGGGGACAAUGACUGUGGGAAUAAUGAAGAUGAGUCUAACUCGACAUGCUCUGCUCGUACCUGCCCUACCAACCAGUUCUCCUGUGCCAGCGGCCGUUGUAUACCAAUCUCCUGGACCUGUGACUUGGAUGAUGACUGUGGGGAUCGCUCUGAUGAGUCAGCCUCAUGUGCCUACCCAACUUGUUUCCCUCUGACCCAGUUCACUUGCCACAAUGGCCGCUGCAUCAACAUCAACUGGAGAUGUGACAAUGACAAUGACUGCGGGGACAACAGCGAUGAAGCUGGCUGCAGCCAUUCCUGCUCCAGCAACCAGUUCAAAUGCAACAGUGGGCGCUGCAUCCCAGUGCACUGGACCUGUGAUGGGGAUAACGACUGUGGGGACUACAGCGAUGAGACCCACGCCAACUGCACAAACCAGGCCACACGUCCACCCGGAGGUUGCCACACCGAUGAGUUCCAGUGCCGGCUAGAUGCACUCUGCAUUCCUAUGCGCUGGCGUUGUGAUGGCGACACCGACUGCAUGGACUCCAGUGACGAGAAGAACUGUGAAGGUGUCACACACGUCUGCGAUCCAAAUGUCAAGUUUGGCUGCAAGGACUCUGCCCGCUGUAUCAGCAAGGCUUGGGUAUGUGAUGGGGACAAUGACUGUGAGGACAACUCUGAUGAAGAGAACUGUGAGUCCCUGGUAUGCAAGCCGCCUUCACAUACUUGUGCCAACAACACAUCAAUCUGCCUCCCUCCGGAAAAGCUGUGUGAUGGCAGAAAUGACUGCAAGGAUGGGUCUGAUGAAGGAAAGCUGUGUGACCUCUGCUCUCUGAGCAACGGGGGCUGCAGCCACAACUGCACGGUUGCACCAGGUGAGGGCAUUGCCUGCUCUUGCCCCUUGGGCAUGGAGUUGGGUAGCGACAACAAGACCUGCCAGAUCCAGAGCUACUGUGCCAAGCGCCUCAAGUGCAGUCAGAAGUGUGAGCAGGACAAAUACAAUGUGAAGUGCUCUUGCUACGAGGGCUGGAUGCUGGAGGGCGAUGGCGAGAGCUGCCGCAGCAUGGACCCCUUUAAGCCUUUCAUCAUAUUUUCCAACCGCCAUGAGAUCCGGCGCAUUGAUCUGCACAAGGGGGAUUACAGUGUCUUAGUGCCAGGCUUGCGGAACACCAUUGCCCUGGACUUCCAUCUGAACCAGAGCUCCCUCUACUGGACGGAUGUGGUGGAAGACAAGAUAUACCGGGGAAAGCUGCAUGAGAAUGGAGCCUUGACCAGCUUUGAGGUGGUGAUCCAGUAUGGCCUGGCCACCCCUGAGGGACUUGCUGUAGACUGGAUUGCUGGCAACAUCUACUGGGUGGAGAGCAACCUGGACCAGAUUGAGGUGGCUAAGCUUGAUGGGACCAUGCGGAGCACUUUGCUGGCUGGGGACAUUGAGCACCCUCGGGCCAUUGCCUUGGAUCCACGAUGCGGGAUUCUCUUCUGGACAGACUGGGAUGCAAGCCUGCCCCGCAUUGAGGCAGCGUCCAUGAGUGGUGAGGGCCGGCGUGUCAUCCACAAGGAGACUGGCUCAGGAGGCUGGCCUAAUGGACUCACUGUUGACUACCUGGAGAAGCGCAUUCUGUGGAUAGAUGCCAGGUCUGAUGCUAUCUAUUCUGCCCUCUACGAUGGUACAGGCCACAUUGAGGUGCUCCGAGGGCAUGAGUAUCUGUCGCACCCCUUUGCUGUCACACUUUAUGGUGGUGAGGUAUACUGGACUGACUGGCGCACGAAUACCCUGGCCAAGGCCAACAAGUGGACCGGCCACAAUGUCACUGUUGUGCAGAGAACCAACACGCAGCCCUUUGACCUGCAGGUCUACCAUCCCUCUCGCCAGCCUCUAGCUCCCAACCCUUGUGAGGCCAAUGGAGGAAAAGGCCUUUGCUCUCACCUCUGCCUUAUCAACUACAAUAGCACCUACUCCUGUGCCUGUCCUCACCUGAUGAAGUUGGCCAAGGACAACGUCACAUGCUAUGAAUUUAAGAAGUUCCUGCUCUAUGCCCGCCAGAUGGAGAUCCGCGGGGUUGACAUUGACAACCCAUACUACAACUACAUCAACUCCUUCACUGUUCCUGACAUUGACAACGUCACUGUAGUUGACUAUGACGCCAUGGAGCAGCGGAUCUACUGGUCUGAUGUCCGCACACAAACCAUCAAGCGGGCAUUCAUCAAUGGGACAGGCGUGGAAACAGUUGUGUCUGCAGACCUACCCAAUGCCCAUGGCCUAGCUGUGGACUGGGUCUCCAGGAACCUUUUCUGGACAAGCUACGAUGCCCACAAGAAACAGAUCAAUGUCGCCCGGCUAGAUGGCUCUUUUAAGAAUGCUGUUAUUCAGGGACUGGACAAGCCUCACUGUUUGGUUGUACAUCCUCUCAAAGGAAAACUCUUCUGGACUGAUGGAGACAACAUCAGUGUCGCCAACAUGGAUGGCAACAACCGUACCCUGCUCUUCACAAACCAAAAGGGGCCUGUUGGGCUCUCCAUUGACUACCAGGAAAGCAAGCUGUACUGGAUCAGCUCUGGUAGUGGUACCAUCAAUAGGUGCAACUUGGAUGGUAGUGGCUUGGAGGUAUUGGAGACCAUGAAGAACCAACUACGCAAGGCCACAGCAUUGGCUAUCAUGGAUGAUAAACUCUGGUGGGCUGAUCAGGUUUCAGAAAAAAUGGGCACCUGCAACAAGAAGGAUGGCACAGAAGCAGUUGUGUUGCGCAACAGCACCACGCUGGUCAUGCAUAUGAAGAUCUACAAUGAGAGCAUUCAGCUGCAUGGUACCAACCCCUGCAGCGUGAACAAUGGUGACUGCUCCCAGCUGUGCCUUCCUACUUCAGAGACUACUCGAUCCUGCAUGUGUACAGCUGGUUACAGCCUGAAGAGUGGACAGCAGUCCUGUGAAGGUGUUGGCUCUUUCCUCCUCUACUCUGUGCAUGAGGGGAUCCGGGGCAUUCCACUGGAUCCCAAUGACAGAUCUGAUGCUCUGGUGCCAGUCUCUGGGACUUCACUGGCCGUUGGUAUUGAUUUCCAUGCUGAGAAUGACACCAUCUAUUGGGUGGACAUGGGCCUGAGCACUAUCAGUCGGGCCAAGCGGGACCAGACAUGGCGAGAAGAUGUGGUGACCAAUGGCAUUGGCCGGGUGGAGGGCAUUGCUGUGGAUUGGAUCGCAGGAAACAUCUACUGGACCGACCAAGGCUUUGAUGUCAUUGAAGUGGCCAGGCUCAAUGGUUCAUUCCGCUAUGUGGUGAUCUCACAGGGGCUGGACAAGCCGCGUGCCAUCACUGUGCACCCUGAGAAAGGGUAUCUCUUUUGGACAGAGUGGGGCCAGUACCCUCGUAUUGAACGCUCCUGGCUGGAUGGGACACAGCGUGUGGUCCUAAUCAACACCAGCAUCAGCUGGCCCAAUGGGAUUUCAAUUGACUAUGAGGAUGGGAAGCUUUAUUGGUGUGAUGCCCGGACAGACAAGAUUGAACGCAUAGACCUGGAGACAGGGGACAAGAGAGAGGUUGUCCUGCCUCAUAAUAACAUGGACAUGUUCUCAGUAUCGGUCUUUGAGGAUUACGUCUACUGGAGUGACAGGACUCAUGCAAAUGGAUCCAUUAAGAGGGGCAGCAAGGACAAUGCUUCAGAUAUCGUGUCUCUGCGCACAGGAAUAGGAGUGCAGCUGAAGGACAUCAAGGUCUUCAACAGAGCCAGGCAGAAGGGUACUAAUGUGUGUGCCCAGAAUAAUGGUGGUUGUGAGCAAUUGUGCCUGUACCGGGGAGGAGGCCAGCGGACCUGCGCGUGUGCACAUGGCAUGCUCUCUGAAGACAGUGUGAGCUGCCGCGACUACGAUGGCUACCUGCUAUACUCAGAACGCACCAUUCUCAAGAGUAUCCACUUGUCAGAUGAGAACAACCUCAAUGCACCCAUCAAGCCGUUUGAAGAUGGCGAGCACAUGAAGAACGUCAUUGCCUUGGCCUUUGACUAUCACCAUGGCAACAAGGGCAGCAACCGCAUCUUCUUCAGCGACAUUCACUUUGGCAACAUCCAGCAAAUCAAUGAUGAUGGUAGUGGACGCAGGACCAUAGUUGAGAAUGUUGGCUCUGUUGAGGGGCUGGCCUACCACCGAGGCUGGGACACUUUGUACUGGACGAGCUACACCACCUCCACCAUCACCCGGCAUACUGUGAAUCAGACCCGUGAAGGAGCUUUUGAGAGAGAGACCGUCAUCACCAUGUCGGGGGAUGACCAUCCUCGGGCCUUUGUGUUGGAUGAAUGCCAGAACCUGAUGUUUUGGACCAACUGGAAUGAACAACACCCCAGCAUCAUGCGGGCUACACUGUCAGGUGCCAACAUGAUCACCAUCAUCGACAAAGACAUUCGCACCCCCAAUGGUCUGGCCAUUGAUCACAAGGCGGAGAAAAUCUACUUCUCCGAUGCCACACUGGACAAGAUAGAGCGGUGUGAAUACGACGGCACCAAGCGAUAUGUGAUAUUGAAGGCAGAACCAGUGCACCCCUUUGGCCUGGCCGUCUAUGGUGACUACAUCUUCUGGACAGACUGGGUGCGUCGUGCUGUGCAGCGUGCCAACAAAUACGUGGGCUCCGACAUGAAGCACCUGCGCAUUGACAUCCCCCAGCAACCCAUGGGCAUCAUUGCUGUGGCCAAUGACACUAACAGCUGUGAGCUCUCUCUGUGCAGAGCAAACAAUGGUGGUUGCCAGGACCUAUGCCUUCUCUCAGCCAAGGGUGAAAUCUCCUGUUCUUGUCGUGGUGACAAGAUCCUUCAGGAAGAUCUUACUUGCAAAGCGCCCAACUCCACCUGUAACGUGCUCAAUGAGUUUGAGUGUGGAAAUGGUGACUGCAUUGAUUUCAGCCACACCUGUGACGGCGUGGCCCACUGCAAGGACAAGUCGGAUGAGAAGCAGUCCUACUGCAACAACCGCAAAUGUAAGAAGGGCUACCUGCACUGCACCAACAAGCGUUGUGUGCACAGCAGAGACUGGUGCAAUGGGAGGGACGACUGUGGGGACAACUCAGAUGAAGUGCCUUGCAACAAGACUAGCUGUGCUGCCACAGAGUUUCGUUGCCGGGACGGGACCUGCAUCAGUAACUCGAGCCGCUGCAACCAUCAAAUAGACUGUGAGGAUGCUUCAGACGAGAUGAACUGCUCCGCCACAGACUGCAGCAGCUUUUUCAAACUGGGAGUAAAAAGUACCGCCUUUCAGAAGUGUGAGCACACAUCCAUGUGCUAUGUUCCAUCCUGGUUGUGUGAUGGCAGCAAUGACUGUGGAGACUACUCAGAUGAGCAGAACUGCCCAGGUAUUGUGAGAAAAUCCAAGUGCCCAGCCAACUACUUCGCCUGCCGCAGUGGCAGGUGCAUCCCCAUGACAUGGACCUGUGAUAAAGAGAACGACUGUGAAAAUGGGGAGGAUGAGACACACUGCAAUAAGUUAUGUGUCCCAGUGAUGUUUGAAUGCAAGAAUCACCGGUGCAUCUCCAAGCAGUGGGUGUGUGACGGUGCGGAUGAUUGUGGAGAUGGCUCUGACGAGGACCACCGUUGCAGUCACAGCACCUGUGCUUCAGGUUCCUUCCAGUGCCCAAACAGCUACAUGUGUGUCCCAGAACGCUGGCUGUGCGAUGGGGACAAAGACUGCAACGACGGAGCUGAUGAGAGUGUGGCUGCUGGCUGCUUGUACAACAACACAUGUGACGAACGGGAGUUCAUGUGCACCAACCGGCAGUGCAUCCCCAAACAUUUUGUGUGUGAUCAUGACCAAGACUGUGCGGAUGGCUCUGAUGAAGCCCCAGAUUGUGAGUACCAGACAUGUGGCCCCAACGAGUUCCGCUGUGCCAAUGGCCGCUGCCUGAGCAACAAGCUUUGGGAAUGUGAUGGCGAGUUUGACUGCCAUGACCAAUCCGAUGAAGCCCCAAAGAAUCCCCGCUGCUCUAGUCCUGAGAGCAAAUGCAAUGACACCUUUUUCCUGUGCCGUAAUGGGCAGUGCAUCUCCAACGACUUGCUCUGUGACAACCAGAAUGACUGUGGCGACGGUUCUGAUGAGCUGAACUGCUUCAUCAAUGAGUGUCUCAACAAGAAGCUAAGUGGCUGCUCCCAGGAAUGUGAAGACCUCAAGAUAGGCUACAAGUGCAGAUGUCGCCCCGGGUUCCGGCUGAAGGAUGAUGGAAAGACUUGCAUUGACAUUGACGAGUGCACAACCACCUACCCCUGCAGCCAGAUAUGCAUCAACACGCACGGUAGCUUCAAGUGCUUGUGCGCAGAUGGCUACCUACUGAAGCCAGAUGACCAAACGAGCUGCAAAGCUGUCACAGAUGAGGAACCCUUCCUGAUCUUUGCUAAUCGGUACUACCUAAGGAAGCUUAGCCUGGAUGGAUCCAACUAUACACUGCUGAAACAGGGGCUGAAUAACGCUGUGGCUUUGGACUUUGACUACCGGGAGCAAAUGAUCUACUGGACGGAUGUCACAACACAAGGCAGCAUGAUCCGCCGCAUGCACAUCAACGGCAGCAACGUACAGGUUCUGCACCGAACUGGGCUGAGCAACCCUGACGGCCUGGCUGUGGACUGGGUGGGUGGAAACCUGUACUGGUGUGACAAGGGAAGGGACACCAUUGAAGUAUCAAAGCUGAACGGGGCCUACCGGACUGUGCUGGUGAACACAGGACUACGGGAACCGCGGGCGCUGGUGGUGGACGUGCAGCAUGGGUACUUGUACUGGACAGACUGGGGUGACCAUUCCCUGAUUGGCAAGAUAGGCAUGGAUGGCACAAACCGGAGCGUCAUUGUGGACUCAAAGAUCACCUGGCCCAACGGCCUCACCCUGGACUACGUUAACAGCCGCAUCUACUGGGCUGAUGCCCGGGAGGACUACAUUGAAUUUGCCAGCCUGGAUGGCUCUAACCGGCACAUAGUCCUAAGCCAGGAUAUCCCCCACAUCUUUGCCCUGACACUCUUUGAGGAUUACAUUUAUUGGACGGACUGGGAGACCAAAUCCAUCAACCGGGCCCACAAGACCACAGGCACCAACAAAUCGGUGCUGAUCAGCACCCUGCACAGGCCAAUGGAUAUCCACAUCUUCCACUCCUACAGGCAGCCAGAUGUUCCGGACCACCCCUGCAAAGUCAACAACAGUGGUUGCAGCAACCUGUGCCUGCUGUCUCCAGGAGGUGGCUUCAAGUGUGCCUGCCCUACCAACUUCUACCUGGGUGCUGAUGGCAAGACCUGCAUCUCCAACUGCACAGCCAGCCAGUUUGUCUGCAAGAAUGACAAGUGCAUCCCUUUCUGGUGGAAAUGCGACACAGAGGAUGAUUGUGGGGACCGUUCUGAUGAGCCGGAUAACUGCCCUGAAUUCAAGUGUCGCCCAGGACAAUUCCAGUGCUCAACAGGAAUCUGCACCAACCCAGCCUUCAUCUGUGAUGGGGACAAUGACUGCCAAGACAGCUCAGAUGAGCACAACUGUGAGGUGCAUGUCUGCCUGCCCAGCCAGUUCAAAUGUACCAACACCAAUCGCUGUAUCCCUGGCAUCUUCCGCUGCAAUGGGCAGGACAACUGCGGGGAUGGAGAGGACGAGAAGGACUGUCCGGAAGUGACCUGCGCCCCAAACCAGUUCCAGUGUACCAUCACCAAGCGCUGCAUUCCGCGGGUGUGGGUGUGUGACCGCGACAAUGACUGUGUGGAUGGAUCUGAUGAACCCGCUAACUGCACACAAAUGAGAUGUGGACUGGAUGAGUUCCGGUGCAAGGAUUCGGGGCGGUGCAUCCCAGCACGUUGGAAAUGUGAUGGGGAGGAUGAUUGUGGAGAUGGGUCAGACGAGCCCAAGGAAGAAUGUGACGAGCGAACUUGUGAGCCCUAUCAGUUCCGCUGCAAGAACAACCGCUGUGUGCCGGGUCGCUGGCAGUGCGACUAUGACAAUGACUGUGGAGAUAACUCUGACGAGGAGAGCUGUAAACCCAGGCCUUGCUCCGAAAGCGAGUUCUCUUGCGCCAACGGGCGCUGCAUUGCAGGCCGCUGGAAGUGUGAUGGGGACCAUGACUGUGCUGAUGGCUCUGAUGAGAAAGAAUGCAAACCUCGCUGUGAUCAAGACCAGUUCCACUGCAAGAGCGGUCACUGUAUCCCACUGCGAUGGCGCUGCGACGCUGAUGCCGACUGCAUGGAUGGCAGCGAUGAAGAGGACUGCAGCACUGGAGUGCGGACCUGCCCCCUGGACGAGUUCCAGUGCAACAACACCUUGUGCAAGCCGUUGGCCUGGAAGUGUGAUGGUGAAGAUGACUGUGGUGACAACUCUGAUGAGAACCCUGAGGAAUGCUUGAAAUUCCAGUGUCCCCCCAACAGACCGUUCCGCUGCAAAAAUGACCGUGUGUGUCUCUGGAUUGGCCGCCAGUGUGAUGGAAUUGACAACUGCGGUGAUGGCACUGAUGAGCAAUUCUGUGACUUGCCAACCACCAGGCCCAGGAGCUGCAGCCAUGAGAAGAAUGAAUUCCUCUGCAAGAGCGGGAAAUGCAUCAGUUCUGAGCUUCGCUGCAACUUCUUUGAUGACUGUGGAGACGGGUCUGAUGAGGAUAGUUGCUUGCCGGAUCUCAAGAUGCCAAUUGCCUGCAAGGCCAACGUGACCAUGUGUGGCGAAGAAGCCAAAUGUGUCCAGACCCCCACAUCUGUGUACUGCACCUGCCGCCCUGGCUUCCAGAAAGUGCCAGACAAGAAUUCUUGCCAAGAUGUUAAUGAGUGCCUGAACUUUGGGACCUGCUCACAGCUCUGCAACAACACGCAAGGCUCAUACAUGUGCACUUGUGCCAAGAACUUCAUGAAGACCCAUCACAUGUGCAAGGCAGAAGGGUCUGACUACCAGAUACUUUACAUUGCUGACGACAACAAGAUCCGCAGCAUGUACCCCUUCAACCCCAACUCUGCCUAUGAACCUGCCUUCCAAGGGGAUGAAACUGUCCGCAUUGCUGCCAUGGAUGUGUACGUCAAGGGCAACAAGAUCUACUGGACCAACUGGCACACGGGGCGCAUCUCCUGCCGUGAGCUGCCAUCCUCUGCUGGCUCUAGUGCCUCCAAUCGCAAUCGACGGCAGAUAGAUGGUGGCGUCACCCACCUCAAUAUCUCAGGGCUGAAGAUGCCACGGGGCAUUGCCAUUGACUGGGUGGCUGGGAACAUUUACUGGACAGACUCAGGGCGUGACGUCAUCGAAGUGGCACAGAUGAAGGGCGAGAACCGCAAGACGCUCAUCUCAGGCAUGAUUGACGAGCCACAUGCCAUCGUGGUGGACCCGCUCCGAGGCACCAUGUACUGGUCAGAUUGGGGGAACCACCCUAAGAUUGAGACGGCGGCAAUGGACGGGACCCUGAGGGAGACGCUUGUGCAGGACAACAUCCAGUGGCCAACAGGUCUGGCUGUAGAUUAUCAUAACGAGCGCCUGUACUGGGCUGAUGCCAAGCUCUCAGUGAUUGGCAGCAUCCGGCUCAAUGGCACUGACCCAGUGGUGGCCAUUGACAGCAAGAAAGGGCUCAGCCACCCUUUCAGCAUUGAUAUUUUUGAAGACUACAUCUAUGGCGUCACCUACAUCAACAACCGCAUCUUCAAGAUUCACAAGUUUGGUAAUGGGUCCGUCACCAACCUUACAGCUGGACUCAACCAUGCCACCGAUGUGGUGCUGUACCACCAGUAUAAACAGCCAGAUGUGACCAACCCCUGCGACAGGAAGAAGUGUGAAUGGCUCUGCCUCCUGAGUCCCAGCGGCCCUGUGUGCACCUGCCCCAAUGGCAGGAGGCUGGACAAUGGCACCUGUGUGCUCGUCCCUUCACCCACCGUCUCACCUGUAGUUCCAGCCACCGACACCUGUGACCUGGUUUGCCUCAAUGGUGGCAGCUGCUUCUUGAAUGCCCGCAAGCAGCCCAAGUGCCGGUGCCAGCCGCGCUACAUCGGGGACAAGUGCCAGCAUGACCAGUGCUCUGACUACUGCCAGAACGGGGGCACCUGUGCUGCUUCCCCAUCUGGGAUGCCGACUUGCCGCUGCCCCAACGGCUUCACUGGCUCUCGGUGCAACAAGCAGCUGUGCACAGACUACUGCCUCAACAACGGCAGCUGCACCGUCAACCAGGGUAACCAGCCCAACUGCCGCUGCCUAACUGAUUUCAUCGGUGACAAGUGCCAAUACCGCCAGUGCUCAAACUUCUGUGAGAACAAUGGUGUGUGCCAGCUGACUGCCGCUGGAGCUCGCCUGUGCCGCUGCCCGCCAUAUUACUAUGGUGACCGCUGCCAGCAUAACAAGUGUGACCGCUGUCUCAAGGGCAAUUGCUCCAUCAUCCAGCAGACUGGCAACGUCAGCUGCACCUGCCCUGAUGGCAGGAUAGCCCCCAGUUGCUUGACUUGCAACAACUACUGCUACAAUGGGGGCACUUGCACCAUGAAUGCUGAAACUUCGAUGCCUGAGUGCCAGUGCACCUUGGAGAUGACAGGGGAGCGCUGUGAGAGAUCUGCAAGCAACGAGCAGCAGAGCAACCGAACCGUGUCCAUCAUCAUCCCAAUCCUCCUCCUGCUGCUGGUGAUAUUGGUGGCAGGAGCUGUGGUCUGGUACAAGAAACGGAUUAAAGGGGCCAAAGGCUUCCAACACCAGCGCAUGACCAACGGUGCCAUGAACGUGGAGAUCGGCAACCCCACCUAUAAGAUGUACGAAGGGGACCCCGACGCAGAUGAUGUGGGGGAGCUGCUAGAUGCUGACUUCGCCCUGGACCCCGACAAGCCCACAAACUUCACAAACCCAGUGUAUGCCACACUCUACAUGGGAGCCCACAACAGCCGCAACUCACUAGCCAGCACAGAUGAAAAGCGGGAGCUGCUGUCCAGAGGCGCAGAUGAUGAUCUUGGCAACCCCUUGGCAUAGGGCCUGGGGGAAUGGGCCACCAGCCCAGACAGAGGCCAGACGGAAAGAGACAAGAUGGCUUGGGGAGGGUGGGGGGUGGGGAGCAAGAGAUACUGUAUAAAUGUACAAAUGAAGGAUUAUUACUUUUAUAUGUGAGCAGUAUUAUUACCUGUAUAUUCCCUUUCAUCUACCAGCCGCUGAAUCUCUGUCACUGGACUUUGGGAUGGACGGAGUUAAAGCAACAUUGGGAGGUGGUCGAGAAACCAAGAAGACCCUCAUUUGGGUUGAAGGGCUCUAUGGUCUUACCUGGCUGCAGCCUUUUUCUUCACCGCACAAACCAACUCACCUUUGCUUCCUUGUGCAGGUGGCUUGAGGUUGCCAGCCUUUCAGAAACUUAUAUAAAUGUUACACCUUUCUUGGGGUGCCAUUGAUGAGCA